ACUUCGAAACCGUAUUGAUCAAACUUGACAACACAUUUCAUUCGAAAGUACAAUGUUUAAAAAAGCAGCCACCGAAUUAUUAUCGGUUAAAAAAGAUGACGUACAAUCUGUUUUAUUAGCUACUGGUCGUGGUCGAAGUGACGAUAUCGUCAAGUGUUUGAAUUUAUUCCCCUAUUUUAACGGUUGGUCAGAAAAAAGUCUGAGAGAAUGUUGUAUUUUGUCCACCAUCAAGAGGUUCUUACCGGAUAAUGUUAUACUGGACUCUUCAAAGGGUGACCAUAGUUACACUUAUUUCAUUAUCGAUGGAGUCUGCACAAUGGUGCAGAAAAUUGUUCUACGAGUCAAGAGUACUUUCAAUGGUAGGAAAGUAUUCAAAUUUCAUUCCGAUCAAACCAUCGCUCAAGACGACGAUCCUAAUUUGGAAAUAGUUUUUAUUAAGAUACGAAAUUUCAUUUCCGGCGAUUGUUUCGGCUUAGGCGAAGACUUAACAAACCGCUGGAUCGUCUCAGAAACGGCUGUUCGAUGUUUAACAAUCCCUAGAGAUUUUUUAUUGCAACAUAACCAAAACAACGUAUGGCCUCGUGUUAGACAACGUAUCGUAAGCAGUUUCCCCAGCAAUGCUCAAAUUUAUAGUUCAUUAAAUCAGCAAGUAAAAUGGUCCAGGUUCAAGAAACAAUACGCGAGCCAACUUAGACGCCGCAAGAAUACAUCGCCAUAUCCUCAAGAUGUGCCCUUUUAUUGGCAAAUAAACGUAAGCGUACCCACGUCGCUCCUUUGAGCCAACAUUUUCCUCCCCAAUGGCCUUAUAGUAUUUCCAGCCAGCGACAAAUUCACUAAAUUGACGUCAUAACUGAGCUAAAAAUAAUGAGCAUUUGCAUGGAAAUGUAUCGUUUUAAUGAGCAAUAAAUUUAUCGCAGCAGGAUGCUUCUCUGUAAAUUAACCCGCAUAUAUUCUAAGGCAGUUUCCCUCGUGCACGAAAAAAAAAAAAACACAAACCAUAUCACACGG